AGAGUGAAUUGCAACUAUAGCUCUAAACAAAACACUGACUGUAGAAAUGCAUUCCUUUGUUUACUUGUUUCUCUCUGCAUUACUUAUCUUUUCAGCAUCUGCUGCUAAUCUCUAUCAGCAAGAUGAGCCUGAGAUUGCUGCUACAGAAGAUGAGCCUGAGUUUGCUGCUACAGAAGAUGAGUCUCAAUUUGAUACCAUGGAAAGUGAGGUUGACGAUCAGCAGACCCAAGCAAUGACACAAAUGGAAGCCUUUUUGAACGUGAUCCCAAAAAUCCCAGAACCCUCUGGAUCUCAAGAUCUUUCCAACAUUCAAGCUAGGGUCACUGAUUCUAUUUCAGUUCCUCGAUUUUCUGUUGGAAGGGCAGUUGAAGUGAGGUACAUUACUCCAAACAAUGGUCGCCCCACAAUGGAUCUUUAUGACGUAUAUGGUAACAUCCUCCUUCAUGUUAAUCCUCGUUGGGAUACUCGUGCCUUUGUCCUCAAUACAUAUUAUAAAAAGAAGGGUUGGGGACGUGAAGAGAGACCAAGGGGGUUUGAUUUCAGCUCUGGGGUUCCUAUCACCGUAAGGGUCGAGGCACAACAGACCUAUUUGGUUAUUAUUGUCAAUGGACGUAUACUUCAUCGCUACAGGCACAGGCUUAAAGUUACCACUCUACGAAAAGCUGUCUUUUGGUGGGGAGGUAGCACUGCCAAACCAGCUAAGCUGAUCAGCCUCAGUGUUUACUUUUGAGAAAAAACUCAGAACUUGAACUUUUUGGUAGCAAGAGUACAUUAGGUACUCUUAGUAUUAGCAGGAGUGUAUUGAACUUUUUUGGUAGCAGAAGUACAUUAGGUACUGCUAGUAUUAGCAAAAGCUAUCAUUGUAGUUGCUCAGUUUGAUAAUUGUUAUUAUGAUAAUUAAUUUUAA